AUGCCGAUCCAGGAAUUCUCCGCCUUGGACUACAUGGGUGUGGUUGUUUGUGCCGUGGUGUUUGGGUUAAUCCUGCUGGUGAUCUCGGUGACCUGCCUCAACUGGUGCUUCAUUUUGCCGGAUGAUGAGCUCACGAAAAUGGAGCUGGUAAGUUGAUGCGGCUAUAUAGGGAAAUUUAUGAUUCAAAAUUUCGCUUUUUAAAUUUAUGAUGACAGAUUAUUCCAUGUUUUUUCUACAAGUUAAAAAUUUUUAAACAAAAGACCUAUUAAAAGUUUUCGUACAUAUUAUGAUAAAGCAGUUCAAGACCUUUAAAAAUAUAUAUAAUAUACAUUCAUAUAAAAAUCUUUACUUCGUAAAAAAACAAUUGGAAAAAAGAUACAUAGAAAUUGGAAAAUUUUUUUGGCUUACCCUAAUAUUAAACAACCAAUUUUAAGACCCGUUUAACCCUAUUUCUUUUCAGAUGGGUCACAAGCGUCGUCGUCGUUGGGGUCCCCGUCGUCUCUCUUACAUUGAACAUCAUAUCAAGCUGCGUCAGGAGGACGAUGACGCUAUCUUGUCCAAGGCUCGGAGCGCAAUCCAUUAA